GGUGGGGGACCAGAUAAAAACCUGAUAUUUUCACAGAAAUAAGACCUCCAUAGUAGCAUUCUGCUGUAAAAAUUUUGAGUUUGAGAUUCCACUGGUUACAGAGUUAGGGCUAGUAGAAAUCUGGGGAAAAGCCUACUUUAUUCAUGUAUUUUGAGAAAUGAAUAGCUGUAAUAUAAGCAUAAGAAAUAAUUAAAAUGAAUAGUUUUUUACAGUAAUUAUGUUUAUGAUAGACAUACAAUAGCUUAUGCUUGUCAAUGGGGUCUAAAAUGUUACUAUUUUUGAUAUUGGCAACAAUGAAGCACAGGGUUAUGCAUGUACCUUGUAAUGUGUUCUAGAGAUCGGUUUUUGUUCCAAAGAGCUAAGACCAUCCUGAGCUGAGAUAUUGAGGUUUCCGUGAACAGCUGUAUAACAAAAAUUUGUUGUGUGCCAUGACACAAAGAUGGCCAUCCCGGUUAAACCAAGUGAAAUUUAAAAAAACAAACAAACAAACAAAAAAACAACUGGUGGUUUUGCAAUGCCAGUAUACAGAGGUAAUCACUCAAAAAAAAAAAGGAAAAUUAAAUAUGGUCAAGCAAUCUGUAUUGGACCGCUUGAGAUGGAAUAGCCCAGUUACAUCAGUUGACCUUCAUAUUCCCAUAAGCCUUAUGCUAUCAUUUCCUGCUGUUCAUUCUUACAAUGGCCCUUUUGUCUUUGGGAAUUCAGUGCAUAUUCUGAUUCACAACACUGACUUCUCUCUUUAACAUAUGUCAUCAGGGACAUCAGUGUAGGAGUCUCUUUCUCUGAACUUCAGCAAACAUGAUAGACUAAUACAAAAGAGCUGAGCCAUGAAGUGUUCAUUCCAAACAAGGGUAUCACUUGACUGUAUGUUUUCAUCAUAAUGAGCCAAAUUAAAUAUGAUCAUCUACAAAAAGACAAGAAUGCAAAAGGGCAUUCAAAUAUCCUGAAAUAUUCAGUUUUCAACAUCUCUUUCUCCUGUGUCUGUCACCUCAUGCCCUUAAAAAUCCCUCAAAGAGAGGCUCUUUAACAGCAUUAUGAGAACAAUCAAAUACAGUAUAACUGUGUUUCUUACAGUUACUAGCCAGCUUUAUGGGUCACUUUUCACCUUACUGGCCUGACACAAUUAAUACAAUCUGCUUACAUAGCAUUUUUGAUAAAAUCUUUUCAGUAACAAGAAUAAAAAAAGAAUAGAAAAAUUCUAUUACUAAAAUAAAAAAAAAAAAACAUUGUUGCACACAUUUAAAUAAUGAUUCCAAUAUAUGAUUACAUUUUGUUCAUAAAAUAAACCUGUCCAUCAAAUUUAUUUCAGACCAAAGAUUUUUACCUUAAAGUUUAUAGGAAACAUAGCCAAAGGGGUCUGGAGGACUAGUGAUGAGGCCUCGGUGCUCUCACUGCCGUGGCCUGGGUUCAAUUCCAGGCCAGGGAAAAGACCCCAGCCACUGGGGUUGCACAAGACAGUGCACUCCCAGUGCCGGUCCCAAGCCUGGAGAAAAACUGGGGAGGGCUGCGUCCGGAAGGGCAUCCGGCAUAAAACUGUGCCAAAGCAAAUAUGCAGACCAAUGAUCUGCUGUGGCGACCCCCCAAUGGGAACAGCCGAAAGAACAACAACAACGACAACAACAUUGUAUUUAUAAUUAAGUUUGUGCCAUUUGACCUAAAUUAAGCCUGUUUGACUGCUCCGUUGAAUGAUGAAUGAUAUUGAAUAAAUAAUAUCUAAUGUGGUGGCUCAAUAGUUAAUGGUGACAGACAGUGGUGGCUCAGUGGUUAAAAGCUCUGGGGUACUGAUCAGAAGGUUGGGGAUGCAAGGUCCUUAACCCAUUCUGCUCCAGGGGUGUUGUAUCAUGGCUGACUCUGUGCUCUGACCCAAGCUUCCCAACAAGCUGGGCAAUGCAAGAAAAUAAUUUCACUGCAGUGUACACUCAGUCAGUCAUUUCUCAAAGUUGAUGUGUUGGAAGCAGGAAAAAUGGGCAAGCGUAAGGAUCUGAGCGACUUUGACAAGACUUUGACAAGAGCCAAAUUGUGAUGGCUAGACAACUGGGUCAGAGCAGUGCCAAAAUGGCAGGUCUUAUGGGGUGUUCCCAGUAUGCAGUGGUUAGUACCUACCAAAAGUGGUCCAAGGAAGCACAACUGGUGAACCGGCCACAGAGUCACGGGUGCCCAAGGCUCAUUGAUGCCCGUGGGGAGUGAAGGCUGGCCCGUCUGGCCUGAUCCCACAGAAGAGCUACUGUAGCACAAAUUGCUGAAAAAGUUCAUCCUGGUUAUGAUAGAAAGGUGUCAGAACACAAAAUGCAUCACAGCUUGGUGUGUAUGGGGCUGUGUAGCUGCAGACUGGUCAGAGUGCCCACGCUGUCCCCUGUCCACUGCCGAAAGCUCCUACAAUGGGCAUGUGAGCACCAGAACUGGACCAUGGAGCAAUAGAAGAAGGUGGUCCGAUCUGAUGAAUCACAUUUUUUUUUUACAUCACGUGGAUGGCGGAUACAUGUGUGCCACUUACCUGAGAAAGAGAUGGCCCCAGGAUGCACUAUGGGAAGAAGGCAAGCUGGCAGAGGCUGUGCGAUCAUCUGGGCAAUGUUCUGCUGGGACACCUUAGGUCCUGGCAUUCAAGUGGAUGUUACUUUGACACAUACCACCUACCUAACCAUUGUUGCAGACCAUGUACACCCUUUCAUGGCAACAGUAUUCCCUAACCACUCUCUUGGUCAAUUUCAGUAACCAUUUUAUCCUUGUCAGGGUUGCGGUGGAUCUGGAGCCUAUCCUGGGAACACUGGGUGUGAAGUGGGAAUACAUCCUGGAUGGGAGGUCAAGUCCAUCGCCAGGCAUCUUGUGCACACACAUUGACACCUACAGAAUGUCCAAUGUGUGGCCAACCUUUCAGCCUGUCUGAAGUUACAGAUUGUUUCAUUUUUGAGGACUUUGCCCCUAAGUGUGGAGGAUGUGAUGAAUCUGCCCUUAGUGGAUGGUGUAAGGAGUGUGAGGAAGCUCUGUGUUCAGAUUGUGUAUCAGCCCAUCAGCGAGUGAAGGUGACACGCAACCAUGCAGUCAUCCCACAGGAACCCCAGUCAGGCUUGAGUACAAGCUUGCGCUGUACUUCACACAAACAGGAGCGGCUCAAGUUCUUCUGUGUCACCUGUGAUCAGCUCACCUGUAGAGACUGUCAGCUGAUUGACCACAGAAACCACAGAUUUUUGUUGCUGGAGGAAGCGGUGGUUUCUCAGAAAGACCAGCUCAUGAAGCUGCUGGACAGCAUCAGAGAGCAGAAAAACAGUGUGAGGGCCAUGAUGCAGGAUCUGGAUAGAAGAUUGAAUGACAUAAAGGAAUUAAAAGCAUUGUCAGAGGAGCAACUGCAUAAUGCGGUACGCUCCCUGUACGUCUCUUUGGUGUUACGAUGUCGACAACUGUCUAAGGAAUUGGAGGGUUUAUGUGAUGAGGAGGAGAAAAGCCUGAAGGUGAUGAAGACCAGUCUGGCAAAGCUGGAGGAUAAGCAAGAGUAUAUCACUGCCUUCAUUCAUAAAAUACUGAGCACUGAGGGGCAAUGUAUCCUGCGGCACAAGAUGCAAAUUGAGAAAUGGGCACAGCGGAUUCUGUCACAGAAGAAACUUCUGCCUGACACUGUGAUUCAGCUUUCGCUGUCACUCAGAGAAGACAUCUGCAAUAUUAUUAAGAAUUUUGCCUCUUUUAAGGUGACCAGAGUUCCUCUUACUGCCAAAAGAAAAUACAACAAUGGCAAUAAACCUAAAAAUACACCCAAAGAAGCAGACAAAUGCCCCUCAGGAUCAAAUUCAGAAUCUAGUGCAACUCUGUCAGUGUCUCACACUACAUCCAUUCAGGCUACAGCCCAUUCGAUGUCCCAGGAUGCCUCUGAUCUUCCUCAGUGUGGACAGUCUGAGUCAGCCUCAUCAAAACCAGCGCAACCCACCCAAGGCUUAACAGACACUAUGAGCCAUGCUAGUUCUUCCUCUAUCUCCAAUAACGUUGCUCCUCUCCAAACCACUCAGAGCAACAUGGCUCAGUAUGUAAUUGCUCAGGUGGGCCAGCAUUUGCCUCAGCCUGUCUCACCUCAACCCUCACAGUCAAAGCAGAUCUUCAGAAGUCUGUCUCACCCUAUUCAGUCUACAUCUCUCACUCAGUCCAGUUCUCCUCUUCUUGGCCAGACUGUUUUAAAUAUUAUUCCCUCAAAUCUUCCUCAGCAUGGCAUUGUAAUGCCUCAGGUUGUGUUACCACAGUCUCAGUCUGGUGUUGUCCUUGCUGCAACAGCUCCUCCAGGCCUUGCUUCCUGUCCCUCUGUGGCCCAUCCCUCUGUCUCAGUCCACACAACCUCAUUCCAGUCUUCUCAUUCGAAUAACUUAACCAACAUCCUGUCACAGUCUUUCGCCAGUAACCAAUCUGUUCCCUCUCUUCUCACCUUAGGUCCUUUUGCUCAGUCUAGUCAGGCCAUGUCUAACUCUCACCCAUUUACUCUGAAUUCUUCGUUUAAUCAUACACAGCAAAGCUUUCCUCAGUCUCAGGCAGUAUCUGGUCAGUCUUUUCCAUCUCAGAUUGCUCCCAGUAACAAAUCCCUACCUUACUCUCAGGCUGUCUCUAACACUCAGUCUGUCAAUUUGCAGUCUUCUCAGUCUGCCAGCACUCAAUCCAAUCAUUUACAGUUCACUCUACUCAAAGUACCAAACACUACUUCUCUCAACUCUGGAACAGCUUGGAAAUUCUGCCGUUACACUCCUGUCUUGACUAUAAAUAAGGGCACCACUCUCACCUGUGUACCCCAGCCAAAAAAACACAUCUGGAUGACAGAUAGGAAGUCAUCACACCCCACAGCGGGUAAUGUGUCUUGCCCCCAGGCUCCCAGGCUUACUGUUCUUCCAGUCAGCAGUAAUAAAGAACUAGAUCCCCCUGUGUCCAGCACGCCUCUGCUCCCUGCUGCUCCAAUUCCCAGUGCUCAUAGUAACACAGGUCAAAUAGUAUGUGCCACUCAGACCAUCCAAAUGCCAACCUGUGAGCUCCCAGUGAAGGCUCCGGCUGAUUCCGUUUGUGAGGGAGAUAUGAGUGUUUGCAGCAGGGCUUCUCCAGUUGCUGAGGAGGCAGACAGUAACCUGCCUACUUCCACAGUGCCAGAAAAAGACACUAAAGAUGAAGAACUCCCAGCGGUGCUUCAGCCACAAGAUUCUCUUUCCACUGCCUCAAUCAAGGGCUGCCCUCCUAAGCAGAGCUUCCUCACUCGAUCUGAAUCACCACUGACGAGCAUAUCGGCUCUGUCCUCCACAGGAAGCCCCUCAACUAAGCACUGGCUCACAGGCUUGCCGUCGUCCUUCAGAGAGAUUCUUUCCAGUGAAAUAAAAGUGCCUGCUGAGGAUGCUUGCUCCAGAUCUGCAUCUGAACAUGCAUCUGUCCCUAAUGCAAAGCAGGAUGAUGAUGAGAAGACUGAUGAUAGUGAUUCUGAAUUGGUGGAAGGGAUGGAUGAAUCAGAGGAGGAGCCCAUAUUAAGACAGAACAGCAAUAAGACUUUGCUUGUAUCACUGAUCCGGUUACCCAUCUCAGGAUCUUCUCAGUCUCAAUUUCGAAUAGUUCCCAGUAGUGAAAAAUCUGAAAUUGUGCUUCAAGAGAUUGAAGAAAACCAGUCAGUCCAGAGAUGUCUCAGGAUCACUGUACCCCCAGCUGCCAUGUCACCCUCACAGUCCUGCAGUUCUGAGUGUUCCCUGCAGGCUGACGUACUGGACUGUGCUGUGUGUCUCUCCGCUGGAGCCUCACUGCAGUGUGCAGAAUGUGGUAGAAGCUUUCAUACCAGCUGCCAUGUGCCACCAAUCCUUUUCAAUCCCAUUGCAAUGUGGGUAUGCUCCCUGUGCCAGGAUGUGUUGGAUGAUACUGACCCAUUCAGUUGCGACAGACUUAAGGAGCCGUACCUAAGUCUCUCGGACCAGAGGAGGUGUGAACAACUUCUGCUCACUCUAAUGUGUGAGAAUCAUAGCUACCUGCUCUAUAAAACUAUUAAGCAAAGUGCAGGAUGUGUGGAAUUUAACUUAAUUGUUGGACGGCUGUUGGGGAAACGCAGCCCUCCAUACCGCUCAGCAGCUGAAAUGGUGUCAGACCUCUGGGCUCUUUUUGACAACUUGUCAACAAACUCCAAGAAGAAAGACUUGGUUGUCCAGCUCCAAAGCUCAUUCCAGCAGCGACUGAAGGUAUCAUUUGGGAAAAGCCUCCAUGCUUCUCUCCUGAGGCCUCUGAGCAGUGGAGACCAGACGGGGGCACCAGAGACUGAGUCUGAUCGAGAAAAGGCCAAAAAUACUCUCAAGAGGAUGAGGGCGUUUUUAGCUGCAAACUGUACUCCAGUGGCAAAGAAAGCCCACACUGAGAAUACGUGAAGGACCUGCUGCAUUUUGCAAGGAUAAGAUGAUUACAUGUUUACAAAGACAUCUGUACAUUUCUGUAUUUAUGUUUUUCAAUUGUAUUUAUUAUUUCUCUGCAAUUAUUUUCUAUAAACAAAUGCAGUGUACUUUAUUUCAUAUAGUGGCUUAAUUGCCAUGGGUAAUAAAGGUUUGGGUUCUACAUUUUGUUUACUUGCUGCAGAAGAACCUGUUUCAGAGUUUCAGAGCAGUUCAUUAUGUACCAGACAGAAACCUGACAGACUGAAUGUAAGCCUUGUAUACUGGAGUAUUUAAUUAUUGUUUUGUGUGUUGAGUCACAGUUUAAUACUGAAAUAAAAAAAGUUUUCCUUGCUAAA